GUUACACAGGCGUUUGCUUAUGUACUGAUAGUCCCCGGGUUUCGACGUACCCGACUUACAUGAUUUCAACCUUACAACAUUUUGUCUCCAGUUUUUUUUUAAUUUUAUUUUUUUUUAAAUUAUGGUGAAAUUUGUUUUGUGGGAUAUGCGUUUAUUUUGGCUUUUAUUCAGGAAGCAUGGAGCAGAUACUGUAGUACUUCCACACCUUCGGCAUCGCGCACGCACACUCCUGCGCGCGCAUGUCAAAGGCUCGACUGGAACAGCAAGACGAUGCUGAGAGAAAACCCCAGUCUGCCUCUCAAUCUUCCCUCGCCUCCUUCCACCACCGCGUUCACCAUGAACCCCGGUGGACGUCCUGCACAGGCCGGCGCGGAGAGGAAGAAAAGCUCCCUAUGGUACAGACGUUCACUGAGAGGCAGCUACGAUCAGUACAGACAGCGACACAGCACCGACUCUCUGCCUAGAACAGCCAAGCCCAAACAAUUUCUGGUAGACUAUUGUGAUCCCCAAAGAAUGACCGUUGUCUUGGAAAAGGAAGACAAUGAAGCAUUCGGAUUUGAAGUUCAGUCUGACAGCCUGCAGCUGAGGAGCAGCUCUGCAGUGGAGAUUUGCUCAUUUGUGAGCAAAGUGGUGGAGAACAGUGCUGCGGAGACUGCCGGUUUGUCCGCAGGAGACGUCAUCAUUACCGUCAACGGUAAUAGCAUUGAAGGAUUCUCUCAUCAGCAGGUCAUCGAUCUGAUAAGAGGAUCGGCCAACAGUUUAAAACUGGAGACUGUAUGCAGCAGCGUGGUGAAGUGGAUUGAGUUGGAGAAAAGGGUGAACCAGCUUAAACAAUCGUUGAACGAGAAACUGAAAGAGCUGCAAGUGCUUACUUUACGGGAAGAACGCCUAAUUCGAGGCACUUUGAAAGAAAGCAACCCCUCAACAGAUUCCUCUGAAGUUCAGAACUCCCCCAUGGGCCACCGUAGCCUAUGCUUGUCCAGCGACAGCAGUUGCAAAGGCCUGAUGACAGACGACAGCGACCAGGGCAGCGUGUUUGGGGACCUGAACUCGCCCAGCCCCUUCAGCCCCGCCAGCGUCACCCAAGAAUACUUCUUCGCACACCGGCACUCGAAUCAUCACCAACACCUCGUCGGCCGAUCGAGCAGCUCCAGUUUGGCCAGCAGCAGCAGUAGCAGCAUCGGCUCACAGUCUCCUACCUGGGACAGAGCGAGGGUCACCUCUUUGUUCGGUACCAUGCCCAGAAAAAGCAAACGGACCAGUAUUCGGAAAAACAUCCUCAAGUUGAUUCCUGGGCUGCAUCAGAGAUCGGUUGAAGAAGAGGAGACUUAAUCUGCCGUUACAUGACGCCAUCAUUACAGUUUACAUGUCAGUUUUGCAGUUUAGUUAGCAUUUGCUGGGUGAACUGGCACGUCACACCACACACUGACAAGAGUUUAUUUUCCAAGAAUUCUCUUUGAGAAAUUCAUUGUAAGUGGCGAAAAUGUUCAACUUUGGCCCAAUUAUCUAUUUUUGUGUAUUUUGAUUUCAAUUUUCAGUAUUACAUAAGCAAAAAGUCAAAUGUUCACAUUCAAGGCAUUAGCCAUACCUUUGGUGUUAAAUUGGCAAGGUUGCCAAUACUGGACUGUUGAUGUUUUUGCACUGAAUUUCCACUGAGUUCAAGUGCAUGACCAAAGCAUUAUGAAAACUUGUUCUGAGUGUGAGCUGUACAGUAUCUCUUUGUAAGUUCUCAAACAUUCAGAUGUCAUUGUACAGCAUCCUGCUAUCUUGAAUAAAAAUGUUU